AUGGAGGGAGCCCGCGCGCUGCUCGCCCGCUGCCCCGCCGGCCUCGGCGUCACCGUGUGCGCCGCCGCCGCCGGGCUGCUGCUCUGCCGCCUCGCGCGGAGGAGGAAGCCCACGCAUGUGAAGGUGAACUGCUGGUUCUGUAACCAGGACACGGUGGUGCCCUACGGGAAUCGCAACUGCUGGGACUGCCCCAACUGUGAGCAGUACAACGGCUUCCAAGAGAAUGGAGACUACAACAAGCCCAUCCCUGCUCAGUACAUGGAACAUCUUAACCAUGUUGUGUCAGGUGCUACAACUUUCUGUGAUCCUACCAAACCCCAACAGUGGGUGAGCAGCCAGAUUUUGCUCUGCAAGAAAUGCAACAACCAUCAAACCACAAAGAUCAAGCAGCUGGCAUCCUUCUCACCGAGGGAGGAGGGCAAAUACGAUGAGGAGAUUGAGGUGUAUAAACACCAUUUGGAGCAGACCUACAAGCUGUGCCGCCCGUGCCAGGCUGCCGUGGAGUAUUACAUAAAGCAUCAGAACCGGCAGCUCCGGGCGCUGCUGCUCAGCCACCACUUCAAACGUCGUGAGAGUGACAAGAUGUACGCGCAGAACUUGUGUUCAUCCUCUUCCACUUCCAUAACCAUCCCAGCUCAGGUGAUCUUUCUGCGGUUCUUGGCCUUCCUCAGCUGUGCGUUCCUGGUCCUGAUGGCCUUGUAUGGCUCAAGCAAUCCCUUCUCGCUCCAUGCUGCAGUCCCUUCUCCCACUUCCUCUGGUCCAGCAUCUGUUUGGAACAGGACUGGCACGAGCUUCCAAGUAGCCUCGGGGAAUGACACUUCCCUGACAGCGGCAGGAUGGCGAGAGCUGCUCCACCUGCUCCCAGAGCAGAUGGUGCAGAACCUGAACGUGGCGUGGACGUACGGGAAGAAUCAUCAGUUGGCAGUUGCUGUCCUUGGGCUCUUCACCUGCCUGUUGGCUAUGGUCUUGGCCGGGCGGAUCAGGCUCCGAAGAAUUGAUGCAUUUGCUUCAGUCUUGUGGUUGGUAGUGAUGGGCCUGCAUUUAGCUGAGAAGUACCUGAAGACAGACAUGCCCGGCUGGCUGGAUACAGCCAAAUUUGGCACCACGUCCCUGUGCUGCUUGGUGGGCUUCACCGCAGCAGUGGCAACGCGGAAAUCAACGGGCCAGCGGAGAUACCGGCCCCGAAGAUACCUGUCUGGGGAUUCGGUUACUCUCUUUCCCAACGGCACCGCGACUGCCUUCCCUUCGUCUGCUGCAUCCCUCUUCAUCCCACCACCACCGAGCAUCCUCCACCUGACAAACCAGCAGCUCUUCAGGUCGCCGCGCAGGGCGUCUUCCUCCUCCCUUCCUGGGCGUCUCAACAGGGCGCUCUCACUGGGCACCAUCCCCUCCUUGGCCAGAGCAGAUUCUGGCUAUUUGUUCAGUGGAAGCCGCCCGGCCUCGCAGUCAUCUCAGUCCAAGGAAUCCACUACAUCAGAGCACUUCUCCCUGCUGUCAGGCAGCUGUGCUCCCUCCCGCAUCCCCUCUCCGGCUCCGUCCGUCGCUGGCUCCGUCACUUCCAGCUCUGGUUCCUUGCGGUACCGCCGGCCGCUCAUCAGCCCUGCCCGCCUGAACCUGCAAGGGCAGAAGCUGCUGCUUUUCCCAUCCCAGAAUGAGGCUCUGCUCACGCCGAGCAGCUCUGAGGAGCACACGCACUCGGAGAGCAACAUCGGUGGCACUGAGCUGUCCUUUGCGAGGAAGAACCUCAGCGAGCGAGGGAUGCACGAUAGGAGAUCUGCCAUGGAAGGAGGGAGCAUUUGCAGUGAUAAUUCUAUUAAAAAGGAGGAUCAUUCAUCACAUUCAUCUACCUGUGUGGUAGAUACAACUACCAAAACAGAAGACUUGGCAGGCUGGAGAGGUCGUUUGGGUACCUCCGCUCUCCGAGGUCUGCUGGCCGUGAGCCUGACUCUCAACGCGAUCUUCACGUCAGCCUACGUCUACCGGAACCUACGCUGAUGGGUGUCAACACUCCCUUUCUUUCUGGUCCCACCUUCUCAGAAGACUCUCUGAAAAAAAGAAUUCAACUACAGCUUCAUGUCUAAUGGCUGUGCCACCGGUGCAUGCUGUUUUGUUUUGUUUUUUUUCAACUACUGUAUGCUCAACUGUUGCAACAAAGAACCCAGGUAGCUGCUACCAUCGCUUCCAGGUAGAACAACAUAUCACAGGAUCACCUUGGGAGGUGGCAGGCAGAACUCCCAGAGAGCUCCAGUUCAAAGCAAGAGGCCAGUCGAAUGGUCCACGCACUUUCUUUCAAGGGAACUGACCUGACACAUGAGCCUGAAAAGCUGUAAGCUGCAUUUUUAGGAACUGCCCCCCAGCUCUUCUUGCUGACAUUUUAACCUCAUGCUCACGGUGCUGAUAAAAUGAGGGGAAUUACAACAAAUGAGCUGGAGAAGAGGGAUGCUUAGUUGUUGGUGCUGGGCUUGGGCUGGUGUUAACAGCUUUCCCAGCCUCUUAGCCCAACGGCUCCUCUCCUCUCUUCCCCUUGACACUUUCCUCUCAGUUAUCGGUGAACUUUUCCUUGGUUGCCUUAAGCUUGCCUGAGCAUGUGGACGACUUUGGCUGCUCUGUGAUGCUCUUGCCUCUCGCACGUCCUUGUGCUUCCACCUGGGCUGUGCCCUAAGGCUACUCUUGCCAGCCGCCGUUUUGGUCUUGCUGGUUAUCAGAGACUGCUCUCUGUGCAUACAUCCAACCAGGACUCCACAGACGCACAAACCAAAGCAGACAUCUUCGUGUGGUCUGCGUGAGAAAGAUGAUGCCUGGGCUUUGCUUGCCCACGAGCAUUAAUUCUGUUUUAAUAAGAAAGGAUUCCCACGUGAUUCGCACCGUACUGCAAGGGCUUCAGCUCGCAACUCUGGCUGCUGGGGUUUUCAAUGAAGCAGAGAGCAGCACAGCUUGUUUGUGGUGCAAAUCACACAAAUGUGUUAUAUUGGAAAGCACGUGAGGAGUGCUCUGAUUGUAUACAUUUCUCCAGGAACCUGGAUCCUCAGUCUAAUACUGGAAUUUGCUAAGGAACUGUUUUAAAUGUCUCCUAUGUAGCUAAACGCAGAGGUGCUCUUAGUUAGAGAUGCCAGACCUGCUCUUAGAUGAUUGUGUUUUCUGAGUAGAUAGAUUUCUCACCUAAAGGAAAUAGCCUAGAUUUUCAAAAGCAGUCUGUAAUUUGGGCACUUUCGCUUAUGAAUGAAUCUUUGGUGUUGCUUAGAAAUCAGGUGCCAUUUAGAAAGAGUAUCAUACUGAACCCUCAAAAUCACUUAGUGCAUCUUAGAACAAUGAUUUUACUUACCUUGAUGUCAUGACUGCUAGAUUCGAAGUGCAGAGAGGUUUACCAAUGUGCCAAGGAUACCUAGUGAAAAGAGAGCCAGCUGACAGUAGCUAUGUAUUUUAUGAAGCAGGAUUGACUCUUAGCAAGAGUUUUUCUGUUGUCUCUUCCUUUGGGCUUCUUUACCUCAAACUUCUUUUUCUCUUUCUUCUCUAAUUCCAGUGUCCUGUCUUUGAAAAAUUAUAGCAUUAUUCUUGCUGUGUCCUUUCCUCCUUUUCUACUCUGCUGCUGUUGCCUCUGUGCACAGAGACACAGCAUCUCUGCUGGUGAUAGCUGCUGAGAACCUGAAAUCCCCAGGCCACACUGAGGAUCACCCCUCCUUUCGCUUCAUCCUUUUCCUUGCUUGUUUUUGCUGAGUUCCUGCCACAGGCUCACACGAACAGUAGCCCAAGCAGCAUCCUGUGGUACAGCAGAACAAACAGGGCUUUACUGACGGUGAUUCAACUCUGGAAAAAAAAUCUAUCUGUUCUUUGUCUGUUGCAUUUCUUCCUGCACUCUUUCAGCAGCCACUGCUCCCAGUCCUCACUGCUCACUGGGGCCUUCUCAUUGCUGCUGCUUGCAUUCAGAGGACAGGUAGAUGUCCAGCCACACACACUGAUACGAGACACUGCCGAGAGGUGAUUCCUGGCUCUGCAUCCUUCUCUUGGCUUCUCUGGAGUGUUGGAAAAUGGUCAGUGCCUCCUGCACAAAGGUCUAGGCUCAGGACAGAGUCCCACUGCAGGAAAAGUUAGCUAAUUGACGGUUAAUUCUUUUGUAGCUUGCAUGAAUUGUUUCUCAUAGCUUAGCCUGUUCCACCACCUUGAUGUUAGGAGAUAUUUUGUCCCCUUUUAGACUCGUUCGGGCUGACUUGAGCAUGUGUAUAGGGAAAAUGCUAGCAGACUGACUUACAGGCUCCCCCCAGAGCUGCACUGUUUGAGUUUCAUGUUGUCCUGAUACAGUGUGUGGCAUCUUUGUCCUGACCUCCAGCAAACCCAGGGGCCUCCUAUGCAGAGACAAGCCUGCCAGAGAAGACAGUGGUUUUGCUUGUCUAAAUUAUGCCAACAGAUGUGCACUGUGACUUCAUGUAUGCAAACUUUCCACUUCACCUCCCAGUCUGCGCCCAGUUCACUCACCAUCACACGUACCCGGGGCCCAGCUUGGUCUCUGCCUCUACCAGAUUGCAAUACAGAAUUUCCUCCUCCUUUCCAGCAACCAGGGAGCUACAGCCUCUCCACACACCUCUUCUUACCCGUAUCUCACUGCAGGAACGCGUUACCUGUCACUGCACUUCUGAAUCCGCUCACUGAAACUGUCCUUGGAUGGGCAUUUGGUGACCUUGUCCAAAAUAAUAUCAAGGCUUUGGAUUUUAUUGCUGAAGAAGGAAAACACAGAGGGAAGACAACCAACUUUUUCAUUGUGGUGCUAGAACACUCUCCAGUGGUGCUUUCACAGGUGUGAAACCUUUGCUUGCAUUAGUACCAAGGGUACACGUGGAUGUGUUUGUGUGCGUGCAUGUGUGCAUAUAGAAAACAUAUAAAAACACGGGGAGGGUUUCAUCAUUUUGAAGGAUGGGAGCGCACGUUUGUCUGCCUAUUGUUGGCCUUAACCUAGCUCCUAGGUACUGUGUCUAUCUUGCUGCUGUUUUCUACAUGAAGCUGGUUGGGAGGAAGCAAAAAAUGAUCUGCUCCCCCAUUAAAAAUCCUUGUGACUGGUGAUGUUGGUCUUCAUACAGUGUUGUUCAGGGGUGAGAUUUUAUUUUUCUAAUCUUUUUCCUACUGUUAAAAAAACUGUGGAAGUGUACGGAAUGGAAAAGGUCUUGACAAAGUGAUCUGCUUGCUGGAGAUUUGAAUGUUACUUAAUAAUAGCCACAAUUAUGGAUGGGGUGGGAUAUACACAAGCUCCAUUCCCAGACCUUUUCCAUUCCUUACUUUCCUUUGAAAAUGCCCAAGUACUUUUUCUUUGGAUGUGGGCUUGUUUGGUAUGUUCUGAGACCUUUCUGUUCUGAAUUAGGAAGGACUUGGACCCCAGGGUCUGGUUCCAGUUCCACCAGUCUGGGUAGCUUGGCAGAUGGCACCUAUUGCCUACAUAUGUAGUUGAUGGGAUGGAGAGAAUUGGUAGGACAAGUUACGGAAUUCUGAAACUCCCGGUAAAUUUUGGUAAAAGAUCGAACAUUAAAUUGAUCACUGUUGCAGUGUGGAAAAAACGCUCAUUGCCUAGGCCGGAUUCACUGGAAUUUAGCCUGUCUGCUCAAAACCAAAUUUGGCCUGGGAAUGUUUUUAUUCCCACUCCGUCUUCCUGGGUGAUGGGAAUAUCUGUAAAACACUGCAGAACUGGCUGGGUUCCUUCCAACGGCACGGCUGGAACGAAGGGCUGGUGUUGCCUCUAGAUGCUGCUAUAUUUCUU